UAAGCUGCUGUUUGGGGGCCUGGACACCCUGGAGCUGAUCGGCAAGAAGACGAUGGACAUCCUGACCGAGGGAGACCCUGGGCUCAGGAAGAAGAGGGCGGCCAUUUUGGAGCACCUCACCCUCUCCCAGAUCCUAAGGGAGGCCAAGGAGAAGGCUUCGGGGCCCUCGGAGAUAUCGGGGGAGCAACUGCCCCCGGGGCCCAUCUACGGCCAGCUGCUGGAGGACUACCAGGGACUACAGCACGUGGAGGCCCUGGAGAUGCUGUCCAAGCAGAGCUCUGCGCGCCUGCGCAGGAUGAGGGACCUGACUGCGAAGGACCCCCUCCUGGACAAGAGCCUGGAGGAGAUCAAGAGCAUCUGCGGGGACAUUUCCGUCCCCUCCCAGGAUGAUCCCAAAGCGAGGGAAGACUUUGAAACGCUUGUGCGAAGACACAUGCUCGAGGUGGAUCUCCCCUUCAGCAUUGAGAGCUUAUUGCAGUAUCUAUUCUAG